GUCAGCUGUGUUGCUUCUGUUGCUUGUGUUGCUGGGGUUUGGCGUGGCUGGUUGCUGCUCCUCACGCAGGUACACAUGUAUAACCGUAUCACCACCUCCAACCCCUCGUGAGCUCUUAAGCUUGAGUAUAUGACCCUCCAUCCUCUCUCUUCACAACCCCUACUUUUCCCUUUUAUUCAUAAUACUCGGAUUCACAAUGGGCGGGGAUCAGCGAAGGACUAUGGAUGCUGCUUCGUCAAGCCUUCCGCGGCUUGCUGCCGGUCCCGUUGGCAAGAAGAUCGGCAACAUUUAUCGUGAUAGACUCAAGCAAUUCACGAGCAAGGGACAAUACGAGUCCCAGAACCUGAUCGGGAAACUAUACGAAGGUCGUGCCUCUGGUGACGACUCCGUCAAACUAAGCGUCUACGGUCCUCCCAACCUCGAACGACCAACCUUUAAAGACGCGACUUCCCACGAGUUCCGACCGGCCAGGAAGGGCGAUAUAUACGGCCCUAGCUGGGCAACGUUUUGGUUCAAGAUCCAAUUGACGGUUCCGGCAAACCUUCGCGAGAAAGAGCACCUUGAGUUCCAUUGGGAUGCGAACAACGAGGGUCUCAUCUGGACGGAACAUGGCGAUCCGGUCCACGGCCUUACAGGCGGUGGUGAGCGGACUGAGUGGAUCCUUCCAGACUCCUUUAGAGAUGGGACGGAACAUCUGUUCUACAUCGAGAUGGCGUGCAAUGGGAUGUUCGGCAAUGGGGGAGGCGAUUCGAUCCAGCCGCCGAACCCAGAGAAGUAUUUCCAGCUGAACACAGCAGACAUCGUCGCAGUCAAUCUGGAUGCUCGAGCCUUGUAUGUGGACUUCUGGAUCAUCGGAGACGCCGCACGGGAAUUCCCCGGCGAUUCCUGGGAGUCACAUAGAGCUUCGGAGGUAUGCAACGAAAUCAUGGACACCUUCAUUGCCGGCGGAGGUAGCAAAGAAUCAAUCAAAGCGUGCCGUGAAGUUGCCCAGAAAUACAUCGGCAUCAACGUCGACUCCGAGAAAGUCUAUGAGACCGACCAAGAGGCUCUCAUUACGGCCGUAGGGCAUUGUCAUAUCGAUACCUGUUGGCUCUGGCCGUGGGCGGAGACCAAGCGCAAGGUUGCACGUUCAUGGUCAAACCAAUGCGACUUGAUGGAUCGGUACCCGGAAUUGAGGUUCUGCUGCUCGCAAGCACAGCAGUAUCAAUGGCUGGAGAAAUAUUACCCGUCGCUCUGGGACAGGGUGAAGGCCAAAGUCAAAGAAGGCAAAUUCCAGCCCAUUGGCGGAAGCUGGGUCGAACACGACACCAACCUCCCUAGCGGAGAGUCGUUAGUCCGGCAAUUCCUCUAUGGCCAGCGUUUCUUCGAGAGUCGAUUCGGCCAACGAAGCACGACUUUCUGGCUACCUGAUACGUUCGGGUAUUCCUCACAACUCCCUCAACUCUGCCGUCUGGCGGGAAUGUCACGAUUCUUCACCCAGAAGCUCAGCUGGAACAAUAUCAACAACUUCCCUCACACGACCUUCAAUUGGGUGGCGCUGGACGGCAGCCAGGUGCUGUGCCACAUGACUCCUGCGGAGACCUACACCGCCGAGGCGCAUUUCGGCGACGUCAAGCGAAGCGUCACCCAACACAAAUCCAUGGACCAGGACGCAACCUCAUUACUGAUCUUCGGCAAGGGUGACGGAGGCGGUGGCCCAACGUUCGAGCACAUCGAAAAGCUGCGUCGUUGCCGUGGAAUCAGCGACACCGUCGGCCUUCUACCACGCGUCAAGCUGGGCGACUCCGUCGACGACUUCUUCGCCAAGCUGGAGAAGAAGGCCGAAAACGGUACGAAGUACGUCACCUGGUACGGUGAGCUGUACUUCGAACUGCAUCGAGGCACGUACACGACGCAGGCGAACAACAAGAAGAAUAACAGACAGGCUGAGGUCCUCUUGAGGGAUAUCGAGUACUUCGCGACCUUGGCCAGUAUUAAGGAUUUGGUGAAGAAUACGACGCGGUCCGGAUAUCGGUAUCCGAAGAAGGAUUUGGACCGGAUGUGGGAGAGCGUGUUGCUUUGUCAGUUCCAUGACUGUCUUCCGGGAAGCUCGAUCGAGAUGUGCUAUGACGAUUCAGACAAACUAUAUGCCAAAGUAUUCAAGACCGGCCAACGCCUCUUGGCUGAAGCAUUGUCGGAACUUGAAUUCACAUCUGAGAAGCAGCCCGGAUCCAAGCUCGUCUAUUUGAAUACCUUGCCUUGGGAGAGAACCGAAAUUGUGAAAUCACCUAGUAGAGAUCAGUGGCGCGAGCCGGUAUCGGCCGUUGAUUCGGAAUACCACCUCGCCGAGCCGUUCGAGUCCGCUACAGACUGUUAUCUGACCGCCCCUACUAACCCUCUUGGACACCAGUCCUAUCAUCGUCCAACAAUCGCCCAGUGUGCGGAUGGCAGCUACCUCCUUGCCAACCACCGGUUCGAAGUGAAGGUCACGGACGGCGUGAUCGUGUCGCUCUAUGACAAAUACGCCGAGCGAGAAGUCAUCCCGCCGGGACAGAAAGCGAACCAACUCGUCCUAUUCGACGACAAGCCCCUAUACUGGCAAGCCUGGGACGUCGAAGUCUACCACCUCGACUCCCGCACGGAGUUGAAACCCACCACGUCCUACAUCUCUGAGUCGGACCCCCACCGAGUCAGCCUUGUGGUCGAGACCAAGAUCAGCGACUCGUCCUGGGUGAAGACGACCAUCAGCCUGAACAGCGUGACCGGUCACGGCAUGGACCUCGUCGAGAUGGAAAGCGAGGUCAAGUGGUACGAGGACAAGAAGUUCUUGAAGGUGGAGUUCCCUGUCGACGUCUUGAACACCGAGGCGUCAUAUGAGACGCAGUUCGGUAUCGCGAGACGUCCGACGCACUACAACACUACCUGGGACAUGGCGAAGUUCGAGGUGUGCUGUCACCGAUGGGCGGAUCUCUCUGAGGCCGGAUAUGGCGUGUCGAUUCUCAAUGAUUCGAAAUACGGGUUCGCGACGGUCGGGAACGUGAUGCGGUUGUCGCUGUUACGCGCCCCGAAAGCGCCAGAUGCGAACGCUGAUAUGGGCCACCACCGCAUCCGGUACGCCAUCAUGCCGCACGCCGGCCCCCUCUCCCACCACACCGUCCGCGCCGGCUACGCCUUCAACAACCCCCUCCAACCCACCUACCACUCCUCCCCCUCCUCCAUCGCCUCUCUCCUCUCCUCCUUCCGCAUCACCGGCUCCCCCAACCUCUUCAUCGACACCAUCAAGCGCGGUGAAGACGAUGCGGACGUCUCACGCGGCGAGCUGCCGACGCGGCACGGGCGGAACGUUAUUGUGAGGGUGUAUGAUGCGCUGGGGGGGCGGGCGAGGGGGUGGUUGCGAUUGGGGGCGGUGCCGGUGGGAAGGGCGUGGAAGACGAAUUUGUUGGAGGAUGAGGGUGAGGAGGUGGAAGUGGAAGAGGGGAGAGUGAGGGUUGAGUUGCGGGCGUUUGAAGUGGCGACGUAUCGGUUGUUGUUGGAGGGGGAGUAGGGGAGGGAGGAUUGUUUGAAUUGAUGAUGAUAUGAUGAAGAUGAGGAUUGACGCGGUGAGGUGGGGUGGUAUGUCUAUGAACCUAUGAGGAGUUUGAACCUAAAGUAUUGUUAGCCCCUAGCGUCGUUAUGAGAAUCUUAUCGUCAACGUUCCCUAGCGACGAUGAACUAUCCACA